AUGUCGCUCUGCGCCGGUUGCGCCUUCCAGCGGGACUUGUCGACGGCCGAGGCUGCGAGGGGCGACCCUACCACGACUAUAUCCGAACGGAGCGCAGAUCGAACACGCCAUAUACACGUUGAAUCGACGCAACAUCUGUACCGUGGCCGCGGCGGGUCGUCGUCGACGUUGCAACUCGUCCAUCAUAUGUAUGCGAUAGUAACCGGGACUCGUUGGAGCAGGGAUCUUGUGCUUAUGGCCCGAGAAGGAAGCCGCGUGGCGGACAUGGGUCUGCUAGCUACGGACGACUAUCUGUGGCUUGACUGUGAAAGCUGUGGUCGAGCUCGAGGCGGGGGCUGUCGAGUAGGAGCAACAACAUCGCUGAUUCGUUCCAUCACAAGAUACAACCCUGGCAGCAGGUUGCAGCCCCACAACAGUGUUCGUGCGACGCUGCCUAGCCACGCACGCACGCAGCCCCUUGCCUGCACCAAGUCCAGCGUACUGGCGGUCUCAUGGAUGCCCGAACGUUAUCCAUCGUCACCGAGGAAGCUGGAGGAGAUUGCUUCGUCGGGGCAUGUGACCGGGACGAGCAGCGAGACUACAGCGGUCGCAGAGACAAUGCCGGCACAUCUCGAAGCUGAGUCAAGCACCUGGACUUCCAAGUUGUACGGCGACGAGCCGGAGUAUCCCAGAAUCACAGAUGGACCAGACAGCCUUCCGAACGCGUCCAGCGAGGUCCCGGAGGCACUGGCACACGGAGGACAUCUAAUCCAGUUGCUAGGAAGUCAUUGGCGUGAUGUCGACCCGGAGACUCGACGCUUCUUGCUGUUGACCGUGACCAUUGGAAGACGCGGAUUUGAUUGGAACCACGAUUCAACUGUGUAG